AUGGAUCUGAAUUUCGAAUACAUUGCUGCUCAUAUCAGCGAUUAUAUUAAUAAUGAAAACUUCUUCGAUACAUUUGAUAUUCGAGAUAUCAAAACAAUCAUGAAAUAUUCACGUUUUACAGCAGAUCAAUACGUUACUCUUCUGAAACAAUCAUCAUCAACUAUCAAUGGCAAAGAAUUAUAUACAUGUACACGAAAAGCAAAUGUUACUAUCAAAAACUUCGAAGAAGUCGUUUCAAUUCUGAAAUCUGUCAAGAAAUACAUGAAAUUCAAUAUAUUUGAUGGCAUUAUUGAUUUUUUAAAACAGCAUGAGGAAGUAAUAAACGAUUCUACUAACAAAACCGAAAUAUUAACCUUUUUAAUUUGA